CUUGGACCAGCUGUUCCUUCCUGUGACGUGAGCUGCGUUUUUUUCUACCGCUAAAAAACGAGGAAACGCGGCUGUCACUUACAUUGCUAGUUUGGGGGGAUUCGACCAGAAAACACAUGGUAUUAUUACUAUUGUUGUUGUUUUGUUGGGAAACAUCCCACUAAUAAGCAACAUCAGCGAAGUUUUCUUGUAUCGUAGUACGAUCCCUUAAAUUAAAAGUGGAUGGGUGAGUCUUCGGUACUUUGUUUCUCUUUAUCCGCAUUUAUUCCACCAUUGUUGAGAAAUAACAAAGCUGUAGGCAUCGGCAACUUGUAGCGACUUUUCGGAUCCGGACGAGCUGGACUUCUUAAUUUAAAUUUUACAUAAAUUCAGACCGGUAACAUGUCGGCUCAGUGCAAGUCCAGUGUUGAUUUUUGUAGUAUCCCUCUGAUCGCCCUGAAUUUCGGCGUAAGGAAAAGGCUCGGGCUUUACUUAAAUCCCAGAAAUGCCGUGGCUGCGGACUGGACGGCCCUGGCCGAGGCUAUGGGCUUCAGCUACCUGGAAAUUAAAAACUACGAGAAAUGCGAGAACCCCACCAUGACUGUUCUGGAGCACUGGCAAGUCAAGGGAUCGGAGGCCACCGUCGGGAGGCUUUUGUCGAUAAUGGAAGAAGCAGAGAGAAAGGACGUCAUUACAGACCUUUAUUCCGCGAUCGAAAAGGACUGUUUAGAGUACCUGAAGAAGGCAAGUGAGGCCCCACUGCAAGUACCGGAGGUGGACAGCUGUGAACCCCGCACGGCGGAGAAGAGGGGCAUCACCACACGAGACGAUCCGCAGGGCAUCUCGCCCGAGAUGUUUGAUGCCUUCAUCUGCUACUGCAAAAGUGACUUCAGCUUUGUCUGUGAGAUGAUAAACCAGCUGGAGCAUACAGAAUACAGGUUGAAGCUGUGUGUGUUUGACCGUGACGUCCUGCCUGGCACCUGCGUCUGGACCAUUACAAGCGAGCUCAUAGAGAAGAGGUGUAAGAGGAUGGUGGUGGUGAUCUCGGACGAUUAUCUGGAAAGCGAUGCCUGUGACUUCCAAACCAAGUUUGCUCUGAGCCUCUCUCCAGGAGCACGGAGCAAGCGGCUGAUCCCGGUUGUGUACAAACCCAUGAAGAAGCCCUUCCCAAGCAUACUGCGGUUCCUGACCCUGUGCGACUACACCAGGCCCUGCACUCAAGCCUGGUUCUGGGUCCGUCUGGCCAAAGCUCUGUCGUUGCCGUAAUGAGGAUACUAUUGGCUCCUGUGGCCCAGGGUAGUUCCAUUUCAAGUAAUGUGACUUUACACAUAAGACCUUCCCAGCAUCCCUUGCAAACCAAAUACAGAAAGAAUGCAGCACAGCCAUCAAACAUUACGUUUGUGAAUUACAUUCAAUUUGGCUUGCUGGUUUGAACAUUGAUUGCUGAAUUGUUUACUUGUUACUUUUUUAACAACUCUGAACUAUUAGUUAAAUUCUCACUAAACGAGCUUGAUGAGCCGAAUGGCCUCCUCUCGUUUGUAAAUUUCUUAUGUUCUUAUCUGAAUCGGUUUAGCCUCGAGCAAAGGAGACUA